UCAGAACUCUCCCUGGCCACCAACCUUCUCCAUGAGCCCUGGGACCCUCCCUGGGCUUGGGGACACGCAUGACCCCACUGGGGACAAGGUGCUGAGAGCGGGGCGUGCUGGGUUCAUCAAAGCCCUUAUUGAUUCCCCCUCCAAAAAUCCAUUUCCAAGCAAGACAUCCAAAUAUGUUGGGAAAAGACCAAAACCCCAGCUCAGGGAACAGCCCAGCCAUUCUACCCCUACCAAGGACUGAGGCUCUGUGUUUCUUUCCCCCCCAGAUAACGUUCAUCCCUGUGGAUCUUGAGGCCGAGCGGUUCCUGGACCACAAACCCAUGGUGCUGCCGGAGAGGGAUGCCCGCUUGAUUACACCCUGCCCCAACCAAGAGGCCACCAGCACCUACGAGAAAAGCUUGCCAUCCUACGAGCAGAUCCAGAGGCAGGAGGUGGGCUUGGACUCACUCCCACCCACGGGCCAGCCCAGACCCCGCAGCUGCUCCCAACUGGCCGUGCAGGCGAAAGCAGAGGUCCACCGAGAGAUGGGGGGUGAUGGAGAACCCCCCCCAGACCUGGCACCGGCAGCAGGCAGCUGCCCCCCCCGGCCAGCCCUGGGGGACGCGCCGCUGGCGUCGCUCCUGGAGGAUAUGGACACACCAUCGCUGGAGGGCUCCGCGCCUGGCAGCCCCCUGCCACGGGGUCGACACCCUCCACCAUCCACCGCCCGCCCCGGCUCUCCAGCGGGGAGACAGCAGCCCAGUUCCUCCCGCAAAGGCGCUGGGGAGGAGGAUGACCUUUAUUAUGGGCUCCAAGAGGGGCCUGAUGCUUUGCUCGAGGAUAGCGACUGCCUGUUUGAGCCCGAAAACUGAUUUCCCAGAGAGAACGGCCGCUUGGCAUGGACUCAGCUUGUGGAGGGGACGCAAAGGUCGCAGCCUGGAAGAGAAGGGGCUGGGACUGACCCCUGAAGGCGCAGGGUCUGCGGCGUGGAGGAGCCCUCAGGGUCCUGCCUGUCCCCUGCGCCAUGCGCCCACCCAGCCGCAGGAGAGUCUGCCGCCCCACAAAACCCGAGGAGAGCCCUGCCACGUCCUGAAUUUCUGCAACUGAGGGGACAAGGCUCCCCCUCACCAGAGCCCGUUGGGUGGGUGCAGAUAAGUCCAAAUGCUGGGCUGGGCAGAAUCCAGGCUCAAUAAUGAGCUUAGGAAGGGAAAAGAUGAGCUUUGCUGCUUGAAACAGGAACAGCGUUUAGGUAGGUAAAGAUGUAUUCACCCACCUUUCCAAGGCAGAGAUGUCUGCAAAGCCUUUUUCCCACUUACCAAAGCCCCCGUGGAAUUAAAAUGAGAUCCUGGUACUCCGGCAGCAGGCAGCCUUCAUGUCUCCAGGUUGGGAGAGGGGUGAUGGGGGCAGACAGACCGGCUGUCCCCCAUCUCCUGGACAAAUUUCCAGCGCCAGCAGGGACAGAGGAUGAGCUGAAACCCUGGUGACAGCUGUGGCUUCUCGAGGACCUGCUCAAGGUGGUGCUUUGGGGCAACAUUUUCUCUCUCUGCCAGGUUGGUGUCAACAGCCACAGCGCUACCGGUGGCUCUGCAUGCCAGAGCCCCCGUUCCCAAACUCCCUCUGAAUAAUAAGUGUUCGUUGAAGGCUCGUUGAUGGAGAUAAGCCUGGUUUGUCACCAUGACAGGGGCAACCCAGCAGCUUUUGAGCAGCCUCUUUGCAACAUGCAGAGACAGCAGCGCCGGCGGGAGCUGCUGCGACCUCCGCCUGCCCUUGGGCUGCUCGGGGCCGCAGGGAUCUCUGUGGCUGAGCCUUCCCGGGGUGGCUGCGUUCGGAUCAAAGCAUCAACGGAUCCAGCAGUGUGGGGAUGCUGAGAGUCCCUCUCCCUGUUUUGGGAAAGCUGGGCUGGAUGCUGCUUGGGCACCCGGCACGGCCCCAGGAGGCUGGAGGCACAAAUUUGUGCUCUUAUUUAUUGCUCAAAUGUAUGCUCUUAUUUAUUGUUCAAAUUUAUGCUCUUAUUUAUUGCUCUUCAACAAAUUUAUGG